GGUGAUAUUCUCAAAAACUCGCUCUCAUAAUGCUAUGCUGAUUGUGCUGGAACGAUUUUCUCAUUUGUUACCGAGGAAACAAAGGACAAAACCGUAGAAAUUAAGCGCCGGAAAAACACAACACUGACAUUAACUGAAGAAACUUCCACCCUUACCUUUCUCCUCCUUCCCUCUUUAUAAACAACCACUCCUUUCCAUGAUUCUAUCCCUGUGAUCAUAACUUGUUUAUUUUUGCCUUCCAGAGCUCUCAUUUUGAUCUGAAAAACAUCAAAAAGCUGCAACCUUUACCACCGAAUGACUACCCUCAAGAGUCCACUUCUCAUCCUUCUCCUUCUACUCACUUUCUUCUCACAAUCUCUAGCUGAAAACUGCCUCUCAGACACCUUCUCUGAUAGCAGGGUCUUCUCCUCAUGCAACUCCCUUUCUCGGCUCAGUGCUGCUAUCCAUUGGAAUUACCAUCCUUCUAAUGGCACCAUUGAUAUUGCUUACCGUGCAUCUCAGUCCUCCACUGGCUGGGUUGCAUGGGCUCUCAAUCCUACUUCUCACGGCAUGAUCGGCGCACAGGCAUUCUUCGCCUUUACUGGCUCAAACGGCUCGAUGGCCAUCUACCUGACCGGGAUAUCCAGCUACGCCCCAGUUGUUCAGGAUGGGAACUUGAACUUCACAGUGUAUAGCAAAGAAGCAGAGUACUCUAAUGGUUAUAUGACUAUCUAUGCUACACUGGAAUUGCCUGGAAAUAGUACAACUGUGAACCAGGUAUGGGAAGCAGGGACUAGCUUCAGUAAUGGAGUUCCAUCCGGACAUGCAUUAACCGGCGACAACAUAUUGUCUUAUGGUAGUAUUGAUUUUCUCUCCGGAGCCACUUCAAGCAGUGGAAGUUCUCGUCAGCACCGAAAAAAUACCCAUGGAGUGCUGAGUGCUGUCAGUUGGGGUAUCCUGAUGCCAAUUGGAGCCAUCACAGCAAGAUAUCUGAAAGUCUUUGCAAAUCCUGCAUGGUUUUAUCUGCAUGUUGCUUGUCAGUGCUCUGCAUACAUUGUUGGAGUUGCUGGAUGGGGAACAGGCCUUAAACUCGGAAGUGAAUCUUCUGGAGUGACUUACCACUCUCACCGAAACAUCGGCAUCAUCCUCUUCUGCCUUGCCACUGUCCAGGUGUUUGCAUUGUUGCUGAGACCAAACAAGGAUCACAAGUACCGUAUUUACUGGAAUGCAUAUCAUUAUUUGGUAGGAUACGCUGUAAUUGUCUUAAGUAUUAUCAACAUAUUCAAAGGCUUUGACAUUCUUGAUCCAGCCAAGGGUUGGAAAAAUGCUUACAUAGCCAUCAUAGCAACACUUGGAGGUAUUGCACUUGUGUUAGAAGCUGUUACAUGGGUUGUAGUUCUAAAGAGAAAGGAUAGAAUCUCUACUGACAAGUCCUCCCUCAAUGGUGCUAAUGCUAUUCACAGCAAUGGCAACAUGCAGUCUCAGAAUCAUCAGGGUGUUUGAGUUGUUCUUUUUAUACUAGCUUGUAUUCCUUUGUAUCAUUCUUUCAUAUAGUUAGUUUAUUAUACUGUGUGCUGAUGAUGAUGUAUUUUUCAUGUUGAAUUUUUUAUAGAAAAUAGUCAUGGAUAUAUAUUAUAGAAAUACUUGUUAUCUCAUUCUCAUUAUUCAUCACAAGCAUUAACAAGAAGCAAGCUAAUUCAUUGAAAGAAAAAA